AUGGCAACGCCGUCUCGCUCCUCUGUGAUCAUCGUCGGCGCUGGAAUCUCCGGUAUUGCUGCGGCCAAGAUUCUGGUGGAGAACGGAGUGGAGGACAUCGUCAUACUGGAGGCAACCGACCGAAUAGGAGGUAGGAUGCGCAAGGAGGCAUUCGGAGGCGUGACGGUGGAGCUCGGGGCCAACUGGAUCAUGGGAGUUGGAGGCAAGGUGCCGAAUCCUGUUUGGGAGCUUGCCGCCAAGUCCUCGCUUCGGACGUGCCUCUCCGACUACAGUAAUGUUCGCUAUAACAUCUACGGUCGCAGUGGGAAGAUGUUCCCGAGCGAACUCGCCGCCGACUCGUACAGAAAGGCGGUGGACUCGGCUCUGGAGAAGUUGAGGAACCAGCAGGGAACGGAUGGCGGCAGCCGCGACUUCUCGAGAGCAACGGAACCUCCUUCUUCGCCGAAGACGCCAUUGGAACAGGCCAUCGACUUCGUGCUUCACGACAUCGAGAUGCGCGAGGUCCUGCCUAUACCGACUUUCCUUGAUUAUGGGGAACAGGAGUAUUUAGUGGCGGACGAGAGGGGAUACGAGGAAUUGGUACACAAAUUGGCGCGAGAUUUUCUUUCUAUCGCGUCAGAGGGCGAGAUUUUGGACAGUCGUCUUCAACUCAACAAGGUUGUUCGAAAAAUACAACACUCGAGAAGCGGAGUGACUAUUACUACGGAGGGUGGUUCUGUCUAUGAUGCCAAUUACGCGAUUUUGUCCGUUAGCAUUGGGGUCCUCCAGAGUGAUCUUAUAUCGUUCCAGCCAUCCAUGCCCAGAUGGAAGAUGGAGGCGAUAGAGAAGGUUGGCGUGAUGGUGUACACGAAAAUCUACCUGAAGUUUCCGUAUAAGUUCUGGCCUUGUGGACCCGAGAAGGAGUUCUUCAUAUAUGCACACGAACGGAGAGGUUAUUACGCAUUUUGGCAGCACAUGGAGAAUGCUCACCCCGGUUCCAAUAUUCUAGUCGUGACAUUGACAAAUGAAGAAUCAAACCGUGUGGAGAAUCAACCUGACGAAGAAACGCUGAAAGAGGCUAUGGAGAUUCUUAGGGACAUGUUUGGACCCAAUAUACCUAAUGCCACUGAUAUUCUCGUGUCCCGCUGGUGGAAUGACAGGUUCCAGCGGUGCAGCUACAGCAACUACCCCAUCACAUCUAAUCAUCAGGUCGUUCAAAGCAUUAAGGCCCCAGUAGGACACAUCUUUUUCACUGGGGAACACACAAGUGAAAAAUUCAGCGGUUAUGUACAUGGUGCAUACCUUGCAGGCAUAGACACGAGUAAAGCUUUGUUGGAGGAGAUGUGGAAGGAGAAGGAAGGGAAAAGCCAUAAGGUUGACACAAGUGAUUAG